AUGCCGCAGAACUACAAGACUAUGGUGCCGCAGCCGCGGCCCUACAAAAAGGGACCCUUCACUGUGGAAGCCCCCGGCUACGAGAAGGUUGAGGGCGAGACCAUCCCGCGCCGCAAUUAUCGUACCAAGGAUGCCCUGAAGAUGCGCCCUCAUGACGACGUCGCCACCAUCUUCGAUGUCCUGAAGUACGCCUCGGCCAAGUUCGGCAACGCGAAGGCGCUCGGCCACCGCAAGCUCAUCCAGGAACAUGUCGAGACUAAGAAGAUCAAGAAAAUGGUCGAUGGCAAGGAGACGCAGGUCGAUAAGAAGUGGACCUACUUUGAGCUGGGCCCCUACAACUACAUCAGCUUCGUCGAGUUUGAGAAGCUUGCGUUGGACCUUGGAGCUGGCUUCCGUGCUAUCGGUCUCGCCUCCCCCGACCGUGUGCACAUCUUUGCGUCCACCAGCCCCCAAUGGCUCGCAAUAGCACAUGGUGCUGGCUCGCAGUCGAUGCCAAUCGUUACCGCCUACGACACGCUCGGAGAAGAGGGCCUCAAGCACUCCCUCCAACAGACAAACGCCAAGGCCAUCUUCCUUGACCCCCAGCUUCUCACCAAGCUCAUUAACCCGCUCAAGACCGCCAAAGACAUUCAGCAUGUCAUUUACAACGAUGUGGACAAGGAGGUCAAGCAGUCGGACAUUGAGAAGCUGAAGGGCGAGCACCCCCACCUCACUAUCAGAGGCUUCACGGAGCUUCAGAAGCUGGGAGCAGACUCGCCAAUUGACCCUACGCCGCCUAGCCCCGAGGACCUGUGCUGCAUCAUGUACACAAGUGGUUCUACCGGCACACCGAAGGGAGUUCUGCUGAAGCACAAGAACGUGGUUGCAGCAAUCACCGGUGUUGACGUUAUCGUUGGUCCCUACAUUGGCCCCGGCGACGGCCUGCUCACCUACCUCCCGCUCGCACACAUUUUGGAAUUCGUCUUCGAGAACGCAGUCCUCUUCUGGGGUGGCACUAUGGGCUACGGUAACCCGCGCACUCUCUCCGACACGUCGGUACGCAACUGCAAGGGUGAUAUUCGCGAGUUUAAACCCAGCAUUCUCGUUGGUGUGCCCGCCGUUUGGGAGUCGGUGAAGAAGGGUAUCAUGGGCAAGGUCAAUAACGGCAACUUUAUCGUCAAGAACAUGUUCUGGGGAGCUAUGGCUGCCAAGAACUUCUUGAUGAACACUGGUCUCCCUGGCGCUGGUCUUUUGGACGCGAUAGUCUUCAACAAGAUCAAGGAUGCUACCGGUGGCAGGCUGAGAAUCACCAUGAACGGUGGUGGCCCGAUCGCGAAGGACACACAACACUUCAUUUCCAUGGCCAUCACGCCUAUGAUCAGCGGAUACGGCUUGACGGAGACGGCUGCUAUGGGUGCUCUGAUGGAUCCUCUUGCGUACACGGACUCGGCGCUUGGUGAAAUUCCUGGCUGCAUUGAAGUCAAGUUGGUGGAUUUUGCGGAUGCCGGCUACUUCGCCGCGAACAACCCGCCGCAGGGCGAAAUCUGGAUCCGUGGUGGUGGUGUCACGGAGGGAUACCUUGACCUUGAGGAGGAGACGAAGGAGAACUUCACUGCGGAUGGCUGGUUCAAGACGGGCGACAUUGGCGAGUUUGACGCGAAGGGCCAGCUCCGCAUCAUCGACCGCAAGAAGAACCUCGUCAAGACUCUGGCAGGAGAGUACAUUGCGCUGGAGAAGCUCGAGUCCAUCUACCGCUCCGUCCCCGUCGUCGCCAACAUCUGCAUCUACGCCGCUCAGGACAAGCACAAGCCCAUUGCCAUCAUCGUCCCCGCUGAGCCCGCCCUCAAGAAGAUCGGGGGAGAGCUUGGUCUGCAGGGCGAGCAUCUGGAGGAGCUGGUCCACGACCCCAAGAUCAACGCCUAUGUCCUCAAGCAGCUUCAAGAUGCUGGCCGCAAGGGUGGUCUCGCCUCGUUUGAGAUCCUCGACGGCGUCGUCCUCGCCGAUGAGGAGUGGAACCCUCACAACGGUCUUACUACUGCCGCCCAGAAGCUGAACCGCAGGGGUAUCUUGGAGAAGUACCAAAAGGAGAUUGACAAGGCCUACGCUGGCAGCAGUUAA